AUAUUUUGUAUAAAUAAUUUUUUAGAGUUAAAAUUGUUGUAUAAACAAUGUCAUCCCGUGCAGCUCGACCCAAAAGACCCGUAUCUGCCUUCCUGUUGUGGUUGAAUUCUUCCGGGCGUGAGAUCAUCAAAUCUGAGCACCCCGAGCUCAAGGUCCCGGAAGUGGCUGUCAAGGGCGGUGAGUUAUGGCGCAGCAUGGCGGCUGAAGAUAAGUCCGUAUGGCAGGAGUCUGCCUCCGUGGCAAUGGCAAAAUAUAAGGAGGAGGUGGAGCAGUGGAAGUUUCAGGUGGAACUGGAGAUGCAUGGCGUUCCUGCUCCUUCGCCCUCUCGAUUCCCAGACUCUUCAAAACGGGACACUCUCUUUGUGUACGACAGCAAGGAUAAAUCGUUUUCUCCGAUCUGCAGGGAUUGUUACUUAAACUUGCAGUGCUCUGAUUAGAGGUCGUCCUGGCUUUGAUACUCUUCUAAAUUUCUGUCUUGGUCCGUCUCGCUUCCAAAUGUAAAGUUUCAGAGAAGUUCUUGCAAAAG